AUAGACUCGUUGACUCCUUGCGUGUAUUACCAAUCUACGUACAUGUUGCAUUCUCUUUGGUUAGCGCGGUACUACCAUGUUACUUUUUUGUAUGACAUCCGUCAAUCAACCAUUUUAGAACAAAAUAAAAGCAAAAUUAUUGUAAUGCAUUAUUUCUAAACAAAAAAGGAAAGAAGUCCGUCCUAUCUUUCCAUUACGAUGAUUAUGUAAUUCAGGGACGCUAUGGUUGGAAAAAGUAAAGAUGUGAAGGAGGAAGAUUGUGAUUGUUACGCGGAGUCUCGCACCAGCGACGCAUGUCCUCCCAUCCGAAACGUCACACACCCAUUGCGCUACUACGAAUUCACACAAGACGAAAUUAAAGCCCUUGAAGAAUGUGACAAGGAGAGCUUCUAUCAACGCUGUCUCCCGUUCAGUGCGCUGUUCGCUUCUCUAACAUACGCUGCCGUCAAAUAUGGACAUCUGAAACCAAACCCAAGAUUUGGUCCAUUCCCAAAGGUGACAUUGGCAGUAGUGGUUGGCUACUUCUUGGGGAAGUUGUCAUACCAGCAGGCAUGUGCUGAGAAGCUGAUGGCAUUGCCCGGCAGCUAUAUAGGGCAGAUACUAAGAGAUCGGAAGAAUGGAAAGAUUGGAGGGACUUCAAUGCCAGUACAGACCCCUUCAAUGUACGGAGCCACUACCAAUGAUAUAUAUUCUGAUGCUGGUCCAGGUAGCUCACUCGACUUGGACACCAACCGACCUGUCUUCAGCGAGGAUACUUACCGACCUGAUAAUGAAGGUCCAGGACCCAACCUGGAGGAACCCAUUCCAGCACGCCCGUCCGUUUCAUACGAUGACCUACGUCGCCAAAACAGAGGACAGUACGUCAAGGAGAGGCAGGAUCCUUACAGGUAAUCUAAUGAGUAAAGAACAGUGAGUCAAGUUUUAUCGACUGCCGGACCAAGACAGUUUGAUAUUGGACCCGAACGCGGCGCCUCCGGUCACUAGACCUCAACCCUCUCCUUCCCCUCCGCCCGCCACCAACAAAUAUGGCGACACGAUGGAAUGACACAGUUGUCUUAGCUAAUUUAAUACACGCGCGCGGUCCGUGAUGUUGUCCACACGGGCACGCCGGUUGAAUAGUUUUUUCAGAUAUGUUCAUAACUAAAAUUGUUGAAAAUAAAAUAA